GGUUCAAAUCUGAUGAUCGCUGAGAAAGAGUGCUAGCAGUAUUUAAACGCUGGUGAAAAAUGGGUGCAUCGAAGGGGUUGGUGACUUUAGUCUUGCUGUAUAUUUGCACACAGGCUGCAGCGCUCACAGUGUCCGUGUUCGCCACCACGUCCAAAAGUAAGACCCUGCGAUGGACCAGGCAUCCCGGGGCCGGCUCAUACCUGGUCACCGUGCGGGAAAAGUCCUCAUCAGCUGUGACCGCUUUUGUCCAAUUCGGGGCCAACACCGUGAUGGGCACCGUCACCCCUCUGGCCCCCAACACGGUGUAUGACUUCACGGUAGAAGCUUUGGAUGGUGACCAACUGAGGCUGGAUGUGGCAGUUGUGGAGUCGUCAACAGCACCUCCACUAAUGGACCCCAUCCAAAAAGUCAAGCCGAUGGACAGCGAGACCCUAAUAGUGGAGUUUAACUCGGUCACUGGAGCCACUCACUACAUCGUACGGGUCCAAAACGCCGAUGGUUUUUACAGAGAAGACACGGUUUAUUCCUCCCCCGCUGAGAUUGCUUCCCUGGCAGCGUACACUGAGUACACGCUGAGCAUCAUGGCGGGGAAUAGUGGAGGCCGCAGCCAGCCAUCUCUUCCUGCGACUGGAAAGACAGUUUUGCCGCCUCUUCAGCUCUCUGCCUCGUCUCCCAGUAACGACAGUAUCGUGGUAUCCUGGGACCUGGUCGACGAUGCUGUCCAGUACACCUUGAGCGUGUACGAGGUCGGCUCCAACAACACUGUAACUCAGAACACCACCAGCACGGAUCUGACAAUCUCGGGACUGGACGCUGGCUCUCUCUACAUGAUCAUGGGCUAUGGUUGGGACCCUGAACAGAGGAAGGGAGAGGGGAGUUACUACAUCAACCAAACGACACGGCCUCCAAUGCCUGUUUCCAUCAACGUCUCCGUGGUGAUGGCUGAUGACUUGGCUGGACUGUCCGUCUCCUGGGAAUUGGAUCAGCUGGUUUACGGGCACAUUGAGUACCACGUGAUCAGUGAUCAGAACCCUACAUGUAACUCCACAUCAAGCCUCUGCAUCCUCUCACCGGUGGGUUGUGGAGAGAUGCACACCAUCCAGGUGACGGCCUCCAAUGAGGCUGGGCCCGGUCAUCCAUCCAUGCCAUUUGACUUCAUCACCUUUCCCUGCCCACCUGAAUCCUUAGCUAUGGACGAGCCGGUGGAAGCAAACUGCACUCUGUCUUGGGAUACGGCACCUUACGCCGACAGCUACAUGGCAUACAUAAAGAGAGGUGACGGCACGGAGGAGACGUGCAACACCACCAGCAACAACUGCACAUACCACUGCCAAUGUGGCUACACACACCUGGUGUCGGUCUUCGCCUUCAACGACGCCGGCUCCAGUCCUCAAGGACCGGUUAUCAACUACACCACAGUGCCGUGUUGUCCGGAGGGUGUGGCCGUCACCCUGGUGAGCACGGAGACUCUGGAGAUCACAUGGGCGCCGUCACAGGGGGCGGAGCUGUAUGAGACCCGGGCAGCGGACGGUUCAGAGGUCAUCCUCUGCAAUGACACGGCGCCGGUCUGCGCCCUUUCGGACCUGGGUUGUGACAGUCCCUACAGUGUGGUGGUGAGCCCCUGCAAUGAUGUCAGCGGGUGUAAUCGUGCAUGCGGCGCUCACACCAGAGACACAGCUCCCUGCAUGCCCACCAACAUGCAGCUCAAUCAGAAAAACUCUUCCUGUGUCACGGUGAGCUGGACGGAAAACAACCGUGCCGCCACUUCCAGUGUGAGCGCUGUGGGAGUGGAAGGCACGCACACCUGCAUCUCCAGUGGAAGCAGCUGUGACCUCACAGGUCUUCCUUGUGGCUCCAUCUAUGACGUCACCGCCGUAGCGACCAGCGCUGCCGGACAGAGUUUACCCAGCUACUCGGAAACGUUAGAAACAGAACCUUGUUGUCCAGUCAGCCUCACAGUGGACCAGGCCACUCAAGCCAUGACCAACCUCUCAUGGUCCCACGCUCCAGGUGCUUACUCCUUCAUGGCCUCCUUGUGGUCACCGCGGGGUCACGCCAGGUGCCACACUCAGGACCACCACUGCCUCGUGGGAUGCAUCACCUGUGGCACCAACUACACCGUCACCAUGGAGGUUCACAGCCACAGCGGACGCAGUGCCAACUGCACCUACCAGGGCUUCUCAUCCAGUGCGUGUUGCCCGUCAGGCAUCAAGCUUUACAGGACGGCCGAGAACUCGCUGCGGCUGCACUGGCGCACGGCCGGCGGCAACACGCGUUACGCCGCUGAGAUGUUCGGCAGCAGCAACUACACCUGCACCACAUCCGCAGGAGAGAGCGGCUGCGAAGUCGCCGACGUCCAAUGUGGGGAAGUGUAUCACGUAAUAGUGUCCCCGCUCACCGCAGAUGGCAGUAAAGUCUCAUUCUGUCCCCAGAGGAUUUACUCAGUCACGUGCAUAGGAAGUGACGUCGGCACAGUGAUUUACAGAGGAAAGAGAAGUGUGGCCGAGCAGACUCCCGCCGCCAUACAACACACCUAGAACAAUGUUCUUCACCAUCACCGUCGUCCUUCUGCAACAGCCGUCCUCCUCCUCUGGAUGCAUGUUACAUCAUCUAGGUCAGGGAUAUCAAACGUACAACCCGACGACGAGUUUUCUAAGUAUAAAAACGAGCCGAAAUUUUUUGAAUGAAAGAAACCGCUGUUCUAAAUGCGUCCACUAGAUGUCGCAAUAGCAAUUCUUUAUAUCUUUGUAGAUGAUGCUACAUAUGUAAACAGUCUCUCCAAGUUCCUCCUCCUCCUGUUCCUGGCCGCUACUGGUAAAGACAACAGGUGAUUAGAUAACUUGUACCACCUGGGAAAUCCAAUCACCUGUUCAGCUGUGUCUCGCCGCCGGCACUGCCACGCCCCCCACCCGUCUGAUGGUGCUCUGUCCUCAGCACCAUGGACAGAGGCGGUGACCGUCGCUCUUGCAGGCAGCGCUGGCCACACCUCCCUCCACGAAAAAUAAACCACAUGAUGUUAGUGCACCAGUCGAGGAAAAUGAGCAAACUAUGUAAAUAACAUCCUGUAAUUUGAUUUUGAUAUCAUUUUUCUAUCUUAAAUAGAUUGAAAAUUAACACCAAUGAGUUGACUGAUGAUUAUUACCACAUCAUUUUUUCAGAAAGUAUAAAUAAAGAUACUAUUAACCGCAACAUGUAAGUGUAAAAAAAACAACAUUAUGAUUUGUACAUUUUUAGAAUGUGCUUGUUCUUUUUUUAAACAAAGAAAACAAUCUGAAGUUGUCUUUAUUUUCAAGUUAUCGUGCCGCGAGAGUAGAUUUUUCUCCAUGUGGUUUCCCCGAUCUAAAAUGAGUUUGACACCCCUGAUCUGGUUGUGAACACACCUUCUUGUUUGUCCAUGAAACUUAGUUGCCAUGUCAUGAAAUGAAAUUAUGAACUUCAACAAUGAUGUGUUUUGUGAACGUCCACUUCAAUAAAUAAAGUGACCAACCGCUCAGCUAUUAGGUCCCGUCAAACAUUUAAUGACAAUAAAGUGCAAACACUGCGGGUAUUUAGCACAUUUACUUGUGACAAUAUAGCCUGGCAGUAAAUAUAUUCCAGUCAUCCAUUCAAAAAUCACAUAGUAUAAAAUUAGUAUAUCAAAUAAAACGCUGUACUUAUCCAAAGAUUUUAGACAUUUAACUUGCUCAUUAAAACACUUUUUAUAGGAACUGCCCCAAAUAGGAAGCCUCCUGAGUUGGAACAAGAACAAUAUUAAGUGGUUUC